AUGUCGACGCCGACGAAAGUUUCGACGUGUACCGCGGAUACGGAGCAAGGAAAGCAUGUCUUUAAGAUCUUUGAUUACAGCCAGCACAAGGGCAUGGGUCAAAAGAUGCUCAUCAGGUCCGGCACCUUCACCGUCGGCGGCCACGACUGGUCAGUCCUCUUCUACCCCGACGGCUAUAGCUUGGCAAGCAUUGAUUGCAUCUCAGUUUAUGUCGAGCUUCUGGGAAAGGAACGCAUGGUAUGGGCGUCAUGCGACCUGAGGCUGGUCAACCAUACCACUGGGUUGCCGUCUUUUGUGCACAAGACAGACCUCAGGAUGUUCAAUUCUGCUGAUUUUAGCAGGUUUGCUCCACAGACUGGCAUGUUUAUGAAUCGGAGCAAGUUCGAGUCGUCGGCUUACCUUCAGAAUGAUAGUCUCACCAUCGAAUGCAAUAUCAAUGUAAAGAAAGCACCACGGGUAUCUGCAACCAGACUCCUGAACAAAAUUGAGGUGCCACCAUCCAACAUCACUGUGCAACUUGGCAAGCUGUUAGAUGCAGAGGAAGGUAAAGAUGUGACUUUCAUUGUUGGCGGAGAGACUUUCGCAGCACAUAAGAUUCUGCUCGCAAUGAGGUCACCAGUUUUCAAGGCUCAGCUAUAUGGGCCGAUGAGCGAGGCCAAGGCAGAGCAUGUAACAAUCCAAGACAUGCAACCCGCUGUGUUUAGGACCCUGCUGCAUUUUAUCUAUACUGAUUCUUUGCCUUUGGACUAUCAUGGUGGAGGCACUUAUAAUUGUGAAAUGAUCUGGCAUUUACUCGAGGCUGCUGAUAGAUAUGCUGUGGACAGGCUGAGUUUAGUAUGUCAAAGCAUUCUUUGCAAGAACCUUGACGUUGAAAAUGUGUCAACUACAUUGGUUUUAGCCUGUCAGCAUGGCUGCAACAGGCUUAAGGAUGAUUGCCUUGAAUUUAUCACCAGUAAAAGUGUGAUGGAUGCAGUGGUGGCGACCCAAAGUUAUAAGAAUCUCAAGAUAGCCUACCCUUCUGUGCUGUUGGAAGUACUUGAGAAGAAAAUGAAGUCCUGCAAAACAUAAGCACCAUCUGAAGCUGUCCAUUAGAGUGAGUUCUUGAAUUAUAUAAAUAGGAUACCAUAUAUUGCUGACAAACACAU